CACGAAGAAGCAAAUGAGAGUGGAUCGACCGUGAAAGCGACCCGAUUCCGAAGCCAUGGGAAAUAAAUAUAGUUUCUGGUGUGGAUUUUCAACCAACAGUAUCUCGAGUGGGCUUCAGGGCGUCCAAUUACGCCAGCCAAAAUAAGACAGUCUAAUUCCAGCGAGAUGGUUGUUGGGUCUCUUGGGACGCCACCAUCUCUCCCGAAAGCCUGGCUGAAAGACCCAAGCAUUCUCUCCACUUCGAACCGGUAGAAUAGGAACUCGUGUGUAGGUACAUACAACGUGGCUGUGACUUACAUAUGGUCAUAAAUACGGCUGAAGACAUUUGAAUGUCCCAACCGCAUCUUGAAUCCUGAAUGAAAUUCUCCACGAGCAUCUGCCCUGAUCUACCCAUACAGCCCGUACAACUCGUACAGCCCGUACAGUCAUAGCCCAGUACCCAUCACAGCUUAUCCACUGUAUUACGAAGACCCAAAUUUUUCUUUUCACGAUGACUACAAUCAAGAAUGUUGCCGUUGUAGGGGCAGCUGGGAAGAUCGGCCGCCCAAUCGUGGAUCGUCUUCUAUCUUCGAAACUCUUCAACGUGACUGUUCUCACGCGUGACCAGAGUCGACGGCGCGAACUCCCUGCAGACGUCAUCGUCAAGGAGGUAAACUAUGAUUCUAUUGAGUCAUUGGAGUCUGCUCUUCAAGGGCAGGAUGCGCUCGUCUCCGCAAUGGCCUUCGAGGCCAUUCACGUGCAGAAGAAUCUUGUUGACGCGGCGGCUAAGGCCGGCGUAAAGAGAAUGAUUCCUUCUGAGUACGGAAACGAUCUCUUAAAUCCUAAGCUAGCUGAUUUCCCCAUCUACAAGCCCAAAAUUGCGAUUCGUCAACGUUGCGAACAAAAGGUGAUCGAGAACCCGCCAUUUUCGUGGACUACGAUUCACAAUGCUUCGUUCCUUGGCCCGGACUGGACCUUGGACUUCAUCGUGGACGUAAAGCAGCGUAAGGCUGACAUCAAAGACGGCGGUGACGUACUGUUCUGUGCUACGACCUACGACGACAUUGCCCAGGCCGUAGUUGGCAUCUUGACCCACCUGGAAGAGACGGUUAACCGACCCGUGAGAAUCUCUAGCGUCAACACGACCCAGAACGAAUUAAUUGCUAUAGCCAAAGAGCUGGGCGCUAGUGACGGCUGGGAUAUUACUCAUUCCAGAACCGAGGACCUGGAGACCAAAGCCCUACAACGUUGGGCAGAAGGUGACCAUAGCGAGGAGGUGAUCGCCAUGUUCAUAAAUAGGGCGUUUAUUGGCAAAGGUUGGGGCGGAUACUUCCCGGUCCGGGAUAACGAUUUAUUGGGUAUCAAGGGCUUGGAAAGAGAUGAGCUGAAAGCCAUCAUCAAGCUUGCUAUGGACAGAUGAUCUGUGUGCUGACUAGAAUCAAAUGAAGAAUAACUGAUGGGU